GGACCCGAAGUUCUGCGAAGGUUAAGUCCGCCGCCAUCCGAACGUGAUUAUAUCUUCAAUUUGAAUCAAGGUGAAUCGUUGUUGGAUCUGUACCAAGAUGAUACUAUGUAG